AUGUCAGACGAGCCUACCCUCCCCCGCCUUCCUCAUUCCAUCUCAUGGAACGCGCAGACGGAGCGCUUUAGCAACAACCCUAGGAAGCGCAGGUACAACUUUAAGGGCAACUCCGUCGCGCCGCCAUCAUGGUCCAACUCGAGUGAUCCCGCUGUAUUCUCCAGCGAUGACGAUCCUGGCUUGGACAAUUAUGUGGAGGGCAGACGUAAGAAGCGAUAUAUUGGGUCAUGGUUUCACCAACAGCCUGCAGCCUCCGCAGAUUCUGCCACUGGGGAGCCGCGACCGGCCUUGAGGGGGAAGCGGACACUGAAGCGUGACCUUGACAGUGGUGUAUGGAUGGGUAGCGACAGCACUGAUGGUGAUGAGAGCAUAAUGAUGCCGGAUCUGCCCACGCAGGCGAGGCUGCCUCAGCUGAACAAUGUGCCGGUGCGCCGUCGUAAUGUCAUCUCUCCGGAGGAACUGGAGGCAAGGGAAAAGAUCCAGAAGUUUGUGGACGCAGGAGAGGAGCAGAUUGAUCUCUCGAUGAUGGGCCUCAAAACCCUCUCCGACGCCACCAUUCGGCCGUUGUCUGAAUUCGCUUGCAUCCCCGUUGUCGCCGAAGGGGUGCCGUUCGAGCAGAAGGACCCGGCUCUGGAAUUGUACUUGUACACCAAUCCUUUGCAGAGACUUCCUGGCGCAAUCUUCGACCUGGAGCAUCUGACAGUGCUUUCACUUCGUCACUGUAGGCUAAGAGAGCUGCCACCCGCAAUCGGCAAGAUGCGGAACCUGAGGACUCUCAACCUCGCUCAGAACCUACUGAGAUAUUUACCAGCUGAACUGCUCGAUCUGAUGGCUGCCCCUUCAGCGUUAGGAGAGUUGCGCCUUCAAGGCAACCAAUUCUUCCAGACCACUGACUUACCACGCCUUAGUGAUUUAGAGGAUCUGGAAAAUGAGUGCCUAAACGGCCAGAGAUUGGCCGAGGCCUGGAGACCCGGAUCCGAUGGUGUUGCAGCUAGGUUCUUCGCGCGAUCACCUGUUCACUACAUGGACAGUUCAGGAUUUUCACAUUCUGACUUCCGCCUUGACCCUGAGGCUGUGAUUGUCCCCAUUGAACGACCGCAGAGCGAGCAGAACAUGUCACUUACCAUGCCAUCCUCAUCGGCCCCGUAUCAGUCCAAGUCUGCUGGCAGAAGUGUUGCAAGUGCACAGGGAAGCCGGGUUCCAAGCUUGAUGGAAUUAGCACUUCGGAGUGCGUCCAAGAGUUCAGAUUUGAACGACUUGCCCGACUACAUCCCUGGAUCCAUGGCCAACCUACGAGCUCUACUGGAGCGUGCCGCAGAUCAACGAGAGACCGGAGGGUUGACGUGUUCCAUUUGCAAGAAACCCUUCGUAGUGCCGACAACACAGUGGCUGGAGUGGUGGCAGGUUUGUUUCAUUGAAAGCAAGCAAAAAGAAGACGGCCAUGUCCUUAAGGCGCGGCCGUGGACGGACUUGGAUGAGGAAAAUGAUGGGGCUGUGCCAUUCUUGCGGAGGGGCUGCUCGUGGAAAUGUGGUCCUGCGGAUAUUGCAGAGGGACAAUGGUCCAUACGACCUGAAGGAAACGAUGCGGCGUGA